UUGAAACAAAACCCACCUUUUUUUUUAGAUAAUCAGUGGCUCUUGAUGGGGUGCUUUUUCGCUUGUUUCGGCACUUCCAAGCAUCGAAAAUCCAAAAAAUCAUCUAAUCCAAUCCUCUCUGGGGUCCAAAAGCAUGAAGCCCGUAAAUUUCCUGAACCCUUAAAGCAAGAGAAGAUUGAAAACCCCAUCAGCCCCAUUCCAGAAUCAAAAGAGAAAGUUGAGGAUCAUUUGAGUUGCCAUAGCAAAAAGAAAGCUACUUUUGAUUUGAAUGUCAAAAGCGAAGAGGAAAAUUUUCUCAAGGAGAGCUCCAAUGAUUUGGUGGAAAGCAAUGAGAAGAAAGUGGGAGAAAAGAAAGAAGAAACCCCAAAAAGUGAAUCCUUUUCUGAUUCUUUUACACCUACAGUAGUGUCUCACCCUUCAAAUCAUAGAUACCAGAAUUGCAGAGAUAGUGACAGUGAAUUAGAAGAUCUAGAAUUACAAGUGAAGGAAUUAGAUGACAAUGAUAUUGAUGAAGACAACUAUGAGGGUGAAGCAGCCAUUAAAGAAGAGUCCUCGGAGUCAUUGUUUUCUUUAUCAAUAGAAUCUCGAAAACAAGUUUAUGAGGCUGAAAUAGAUGAGAAGGAGAUCAACAGUCCAAUGCCAAAGCCAGUGGUAGCUUGUGAAUCAAAGCCUGGUGAAUUGAAAGGAAACGUCCGAGACAGGAGCCAGUAUGUUGAUUCAGUGUUGAAACCGGUUGAAAAUCUUAGCCAGUGGAAGACGGUCAAAGCAAGAGCAGCCCCACCAGUUACCCACCACGCAAAGGAGAACAUUAUGCAGGAUCUCAAUAUAGUACCCAUUCGUCUGGAGCCUAGUUUUAAGCCGCUAGCUCACAGUAGGAAACUGGAUGCCGAUCACCCAAAGCCUGUGGAUGAAGAUACUGCAGUGGAUGCUAGCCUUUCAAGCUGGUUGGUGGGGUUGGAAACUACUCCCAACUCCAGAACUAGUACUGUUUCUGUUGGGAAUUCACCAUCUGAGGGAGCGAAAUCACCAAGAAAACAGGAAGAUAGACCAAUUCUAGGUGCAAUGACAGUGGAAGAGCUCAAACAGUUGUCUGCUUCUUCAUCUCCGAGAAGGUCACCGAGAAGGAGUCCUAGCCCAGAUGAAGUACCUAUUAUAGGGACUGUUGGGAGCUACUGGAGUCAUACAGGGCAGACCAUGGCCACAGCUCCAAGCUCUUGUUGCCAAGGAAUAUUGAGCACAAGAGGAACAUAUAUAGAGGAAAAGAGAGUGAAGUGGAAUUCUACACAAUUUGAGAGAAUGUUGGGGAGAGCUUUGGACAGGGGUGCAGCUGAAGUUUAAGCGGCCUUCUGAAGUGAAUUAGAGUUCGUUUUGAUUUCCUGUCAAAUGCUAUGUGAUUAGUACUUGCAGAUUGCUUAUAUUGUAAUGCUGGUGUAAUUGAAUCAGUCUUCUAGAGAUGAUUUAAUAAGAAGAGGAUGUCUUGUUUGAUGUUAA